ACGAGGGAAAAAAUCGCAGGGCAAGAUAACUUUCCUCCAUAACCUUAAGGCUGCAGAUCCUUCCUCUUCCAUGUCCUCAUGGAGCUUUGGAACAGGUCUUCUGUUUGUGGCACCGCUUUAGGAAAGUGUUUCUGGAACCCAAUGCAUCUUUCUACAUAUCUUCCUCCAAACAAAGUGAAAUGGACUAGGGAAAUUUUACAUCCAAUCCAGGUUGCAUGAUGGAAUUUAAAUUUUCCCAAGUAAAGCUGCACAUUUUGGAUCAGUAUCAUUGAAAUAUUCUUCUGCUUUGUUGGACACUGUGUGAGACUCUUGACAAAAGCUUGCCCAAAGAGGACACAAAAUGGAUCUCAAAGAAAGCUGCCCAAGUGUUAGCAUUCCAAGCUCUGAUGAACAUAGAGAGAAGAAAAAGAGGUUUACUGUUUACAAAGUGUUGGUUUCUGUUGGUAGAAAUGAGUGGUUUGUCUUCAGGCGAUAUGCUGAGUUUGAUAAACUGUACAACACACUGAAGAAACAAUUUCCUACUAUGAACCUGAAGAUUCCAGCUAAAAGAAUAUUUGGAGACAAUUUUGAUCCAGAUUUCAUUAAACAGAGAAGAGCAGGACUGAAUGAAUUCAUUCAAAGUUUAGUUAGACAGCCAGAGCUAUGCAACCACCCAGAUGUCAGAGCAUUUCUUCAGAUGGACAAUCCAAAGCAUCAUUCAGAUCCAUCUGAAGAUGAAGACGAAAGGAGCAAUCAGAAGCUAAACUCUACCUCACAAAAUAUCAACCUGGGACCAUCUGGAAAUCCUCACGCUAAGCCAACGGACUUCGACUUCCUGAAAGUUAUUGGAAAAGGCAGCUUUGGCAAGGUGGUUCUUGCAAAACGAAAACUGGAUGGGAAAUUUUAUGCUGUCAAAGUACUGCAGAAAAAAGUUGUUCUCAACAGGAAGGAGCAAAAACAUAUUAUGGCUGAACGUAAUGUACUGUUGAAAAAUGUGAAACAUCCAUUUUUGGUUGGAUUACAUUACUCAUUCCAAACAACAGAAAAGCUUUACUUUGUUCUGGAUUUUGUUAAUGGAGGGGAGCUGUUCUUUCACUUACAAAGAGAACGCUCCUUUCCAGAACACAGAGCCAGAUUUUAUGCUGCUGAAAUAGCCAGUGCAUUGGGCUACUUGCACUCCAUAAAUAUUGUGUACAGGGAUUUGAAACCAGAAAACAUUCUCUUAGACUCACUGGGACAUGUUGUCUUAACAGAUUUUGGACUCUGUAAAGAAGGGAUUGCUACCUCAGACACCACUGCAACCUUUUGUGGGACACCAGAAUACCUUGCCCCAGAAGUGAUCAGAAAACAGCCUUAUGACAACACAGUAGACUGGUGGUGCCUUGGUGCGGUUCUGUAUGAAAUGCUUUAUGGUUUGCCUCCAUUUUACUGCCGUGAUGUUGCUGAGAUGUAUGAAAAUAUUCUUCACAAACCUCUUUAUGUGCGCCCAGGAGUCAGUCUUACAGCCUGGUCUAUUCUGGAAGAACUCUUGGAGAAAGACAGGCAAAACAGACUUGGAGCAAGAGAAGACUUUCUUGAAAUUCAGAGGCAUCCUUUCUUUGAAUCUCUCAACUGGACUGAUCUUCUCCAAAAGAAGAUUCCACCACCAUUUAAUCCUAAUGUGGCUGGCCCUGAUGAUAUAAGGAAUUUUGAUGCCGCUUUUACAGAAGAAAUGGUUCCUUAUUCAGUUUGCAUUUCCUCUGAUUAUAACAUUGUAAAUGCCAGCGUGCUUGAAGCAGAUGAUGCAUUUGUUGGCUUUUCUUAUGCACCACCUUCUGAAGACUUGUUUUCCUAGGAAGUUGUGAGCCAACGUAUGCUACACAAGUACAAGUGGGAAGAUGAACUGAAACAUGAGUGUGAACAUAGUCCAGACUAUGUGUAACUAGUGCCUCAUUUUAUAUGUAAAGUUGAAACCGAUCAACAAACCUUUUCUGCUGUAUAUGAGGAAAUUGGGCAUUUCAGAUGGCAUUCUUUGAAAUGUAAGCUGUUCCUGCUGCAUAACAGUAUUUUUAAAAUGAAGAUCCUUAAAAGCUGUUCCUUUCCAUUAAUCUGUUUUUAAACAAACACAGACUGUUUUUUCUCCGGGUUUACAUUAAUACCUAUCCAGGAUUUUUCAGCAACAGCAAACUUAGCACAUUUAUAAAUGCCUUUGUAACUAUUUACAGUGACUUUGUGCUUGAGUUGUAACUAUGCAAUUGUCUUUUGUAUAUCAUUGUUUAAAAUAGAUAAAUGAUUCCCUGUUAUAUCA